AUUAGGACUUUUAGUAGGAGAUAGGGGAGAGAGAGAGAGAUGGCAGGUAGAUAUUGUUACGAGAAUGGUCUUCCAUUUUCAGCCAUGGUUACAGCAGAAUGCACAAACGUUGGCUUAAACAUCUUAUUCAAAGCAUCCUCUGAGAAAGGGUUGAGCUACUAUGUCUUUGUCCUCUACAUGUUUGCUAUUUCCACUCUUCUUCUCCUCCCUCUGGUCUUUGUCUUUCGUGGAACAACAGGGCUUCCUACAUUCAAGUUGUCUCUCCUCUAUAGAAUUUUCCUACUUGGACUACUUGGGUUUUCAGGUCAGUUAUGUAACUAUAAAGGCGUAGAAUUCAGCUCAGCAACUCUUGCUUCAGCCAUCAGCAACCUCACACCAGCUUUUACUUUCAUACUUGCUGUCAUUUUCAGGAUGGAAAAUCUAGCUUUGAGAUGCUCAAUCACACAGGCUAAAAUCAUGGGCACAAUAGUAUCAAUAUCAGGAGCAUUGGUAGUGGUUUUCUACAAGGGCCCUACAAUCAUAUCUUCAUCUCAGUCAACAUCUCUUUCACUUCAUUCUCCACAAGGCACAUCAGAAACACAGUGGGUGAUAGGUGGCCUUUUACUUGCUGCUUCGAAUCUUCUGUUUUCAGGCUGGUACAUUGUUCAGACCCAAGUUAUGAAAAUAUAUCCAGCAGAGAUAGUUGUGGUCUUCUUAUACCUCUUGUGUGCAACAAUUAUAUCUGCACCAGUAUGUUUAAUAGUAGAAGGAAACUUAAAUUCUUGGAUACUAAGGCCUGAUAUAACAUUGGUCGCCGUUAUAUACUCGGGAUUUUUUGGUUCAUCCUUCAACAGUGUUAUUCACACAUGGUGCUUGCACUUGAAGGGGCCUGUGUAUGUAUCAAUCUUUAAGCCAUUGUCAAUAGUCAUUGCUGCUGCUAUGGGUGUCAUAUUCCUUGGUGAUGCUCUCUAUCUUGGGAGCAUCAUUGGAGCAAUAAUAUUAUCAAUUGGAUUUUAUGGUGUCAUAUGGGCAAAAGCUAAAGAAGAAUUGAGACAAGACUAUUGCAGUGCUAGCUUGGGAUCUUCAUCUGAUGAUAAGACCCCUUUGUUGGAUAGCUACAAAUCUGAAGACGUAGAAUAGAUGUAUGCAUAUGAAUGAUAGUUGGUUAAAGAUUGCAUAGCACUGAGCUACUUGCAAUCUAAUACCUCAAUAAUUUUUUCAAUUGUACAGUAAAAGCACACCUCAUUGGAUAGCUACAAAUUUGAAGGCAUGUAGAAUAGAUGUAUGCAGAUGAAUGCUAGCUGAUUAAAGAUUGCAUAGCACCGAGCUGCUUGCAAUCUAAUACCUCAAUAGUUUUUUCAAUUUUACAGUAAAAGCACACCUCAUAAGGGUAAAAAUGUUUGCUGAUA